CUUUUCACUCCCUCUUCGCAACCACCAUCAUUCGACAUCUGUGAUCAGGACGCGCCUUUCCCGGUGUGUAGUCACGCAAGCUCUUCCUUCACCUCUCCUCUCAUUCUCUACGUCCCCUUAGGGAGCUUCUGUAGCCAUGUCUGCAGCUCCGGUCUCGAGAGCCGUUCUCCGCCAAAGCCGACUUGUCUUGCGCCGCAACGCUUUUAGACAAGCUUCUACCACCUCAGAGGCGGCCUCGAAAGCACAGGAAACCGGCAAGCAAGCUGUAUCAAAAGCAUCAGAAGGCCUCAGCCGAGUUCAGAGCUCCGCUAGCUCGGCCAUCACCAGAGUUGGAUCUUCGGCCUACAAUGCAGUGAGCAAGAUUGGCGGAAGGACAGGACGAGUGAUUUCUUUUGUUGAAUCCUUAAUACCACCGACUCUAUACUACUCACGCGUCGGGUUGGAGCUUGCAAGAAUUGUUUUCAAGGGUCAAAACAUGGCGCCUCCAUCCUCAGCACAAUGGCAGUCAUACUUCCAGCCUUUGGUCAACGCCUUCCGGAACCCUCGAACAAUCGGCUCCAGCUUGAGCUCUGUGUCCAACACCGUUAGCCCCGAAUCCUUCCUCGGCGGCGUCCGCAACAUGAACUCUCGACAAUUGACUACGGCUGGCAUCGUCUUCGCUCAAGUACUGGGUUUUUUCACCGUUGGUGAAAUGAUCGGAAGAUUCAAGGUCGUCGGCUAUCACGGCGAGGCACACCACGAGCAUUAGACGAAAAAACAUCGCCCUAUUUUGCAUUGGCUGCCCUUGUAAUCUUAGGACUUGAUUCAUGUAUCGAAAAGGAAGGACAAUACAUAUUCACAGAUUACAAAAUGCAUUGACUUUCACCCAUUACGCGCCUUAUUUGAACACAUCUUAGGGGAGGGCGUUCUAUCAGAAUGCCUAAAGUCGAAGAGAUGGCAAUGCUAAUUGGCGCAGAGUACCUGUUUCCACUUUCGACACAUCUCUCAGAGCCUUGAGAGCCGAAAAUAUAGCCAUACUCGAGAUUCUGGCUUUACCUCUUUUGUUUUCGCUUUGCUGGAGGACUUUUCCCUGGCUCCCAACAAUGCGCCCAGUCUUACGUUUCUGAUACUUGAUUGAAGAUGCCAGCAUGGGACCGGUAAUUCCGGGCUCAAAAGUCGUGCAGGAUGCGCUACGAUGGCUGUUCCAAUUGCAUACGUUGUGAAAUUGCAAAAUGACUUGAAUCAGAUUGACUCCAGGAGAAUUGGUGUUCCUACGGAACCUUGCCAAUAUUGACAGACUGUGCCAUUCAGAAGAAUAUCAGGUUUAAUAGACAUACCUCGACUUGUCCAUCGUGGGAAGCAACCGCCGACAUCGGGAACGACAGUCAUCCGAAAGAGAAAUUCGAAGUCUUUGCCCCGAAAGAUUGCAGUCACUACAGCCACGAGACAACAAAACUGCACGUGGGAGGAGUCGUCUAUCACAUCAGACAGCUUUGUCUGAACUUUCUUCUGUCUUUCGUCCGCUGCACUGUUCUCUUCGUCCGCGUCGAUUGUGCGAGGACGCUUUGCUUUUGUUUCGGAUCAGGUGGAAAGAGGCUGUGACAAUACUUGAUUGCAGCUGCAUUUCCCGACUAGUAGGAAGCCGCAAUGUUCGUCCAGUGACACGCAGAAUCGGGAAAAUUCCUCGAACCUGCUAAGCCCUGUAGAGACCUGCAGAGGCGAUUUGACUUUCGUGAUCCUCGCCGAGAUUACCAUGGA